CGGUUUCAUUUCUCUCUAAGCCGCGAUCUUCACGUGUCUUUUCCUUUUUAUUUCAUAAUUUAUAUUUUCUGUUUCUUGUUUGUAUUCAAUUUUUUUUUCUCCUUCUCAACUUCCUUUCUCUUUCUUUGACGGUGAUUCUUGAAUUUAGUUAUUUUCAUCUCUCUCUUUCUUGGCGGCUGAGAGAUUCAUUAGAAAGAAAGAGAGAAAUGGAAGGACGAAAGCCAACUGGUUCAUCUUCUUCAUUAACCAAUGAAUUGUUUGGUUCCAAGGAAUCUUCUUCUUCCUCGGGGAUUUUUGGCUCCAUCUUUUCACCUCCUUCUAAGGUGUUAGGAAGGGAGUCUCUGCGUUCUGAAUCAAUGGAGAAAAAGCAUGAGCCCUGGAACAACAAAGCUGGAGUUCCUGGUAAUGCCUCUAAAAGUAGUGAAACUGAGAGUCAAGGCACACCAAACAAGGACGGUUCCUUUUAUCAGGAACAAAGAGUACAGCCGUGUCAUCUCAGUUCAUCAAUCUAUUAUGGUGGCCAAGACAUCUAUUCUCAGCCCCAGAAUUCACAGGCCCCUGGAAUUAACUCUAUGCUAAAAAAAGAUGGAGAAGAUGAUUCGGAGAGUGCUUCAAGAGGAAAUUGGUGGCAAGGAUCUCUCUAUUAUUAAGAGUUAACUUGCCGAAGCUUUUACAUACUUACCAACAAGGUAUCACACAUCUGAGAAAUUCACCACUUUGGAUCCUUGACUGUAUGCCAUCAACCUUUAUUGAUUUGGUUUGGAUUGCUUACUUUUGACUAUAUGCCUUCUAGCAGGUACAUAAGAAUAUAGAGUAGCAGUUUAGUCUACCUUAUAUUAUUACAUGGAAGAUAGAUAAUAGCACUCAGUUCGUUGCUCAGCUGGUCGUUAUUGCUUCCUCCAGCUGUAUAGCAACAUUGCUUAAUAGCCAGAUAGUUAUAUGGACUUUCCUGUUUUAUUGUAAAUGAUGUGAACUUGGUGUUUUUUAUGUAAAGGAUGCUUGGUUUAGACUUCA